AUGGAUUACGUUAAUAUUCCACCAAAUCCGUUAUGUAAAUUUGCAAAUCACAAGCAAGCACGAUUUGUUAUCUUCUCUUGUCACAAAGGGAUUGCGCGUUCGUGCAGCCUUGAGGGUAUUCGCCAUGCUUCCAAACCCGGACCGAGGAUCCGUGUAGACCUCUUCGACAGCUCUGCGAGCCUGAGCCUCGAAUCGAUCUUCGUAGACUUCUUCGAUAAUUUUUCGUUUAGCUUCAGUAUCCAUAGCGUUUUUGUCAUGGAAGAGUCGCUGGCAUGCGUCGUCAAAAUCUUGAGCGAGCUGGAUGAUCUGGAUGUGAAUAUAGCCAGCGCUAUGCUUUCGGAGCUGUGUAACCGGAACUUAAUCGAUGAUGCGGUCAAUGUACAGCAGGAGGGCCGCAGGAACAGCCUGAUCGGAGCGGCAGACCCCCAUCCCGAGAUUCUGCACCGAGUGGGUCUUCGAGAUGAGCAUUUGCUUUGUCGGUGGCAUGCCGGAGAGCAGCAGUCUCUUCCCCUUAAGGCAGUGGGCCACGGGAUCCUCCACGUGCCGCCGCGGCGCCGUACUCCCCCUCCAGCAAUGUCUGGGCGUGCAGUCGCGGUGUCGGCGCGACGCGGAGCUUCAAGAGGAUCUCCUGGCCCUCCGCCCUCCAGAAGCCAGAGCUUUGUCGUCAAGCAGCCAGACCAGGCGGUCUGCAGGACGCCCUCGAACAGCAUCUUCUGCGCGCCCGGGAAGACCGUUCUUCUUGUGACUUGUGAGCAUGUCCUGGAGCAGUACCGCGGAUGUUUCGAGCGCGUGUAUUAUGUCGCCCAGCAUCGACAUGGAUCCGUAGUGGGAGCCGGUCAAGAAGUGCACCCGAGAGGACCUGGAGGUGAACACGGACCGGGAGCAAUGCUGGUGGGACAAGUGUGGGACGAGAGCGCUUUGCGGCAGAUUCUGGCCAUGCAGAAGGUCGCCCAGCAGUCCAAGCAGCUGGGAAUGAAGCUCCUGGAUGGCAUGGCAGACUUCCGCAG